CUCUUUAGACCUAUAGCACUAAUGCGUCAGUAACGCUAAACUAACAUGAUUAGCGACCAACCAAUCAUUAGGUAUUAUUUACUAAUGGAGAUUGUAUACAUAUAGACGUUUGGAAGCGUAGGCAACUUAUCGUAGUUGUGCAUCCCGCGGCGAGACAUCGUGAGAUGCCCUAACGCGGGGAAACGCGCACCCCGGACCGGACUAGCCGGAUCGCCGCGGGAUCGGGUAGGUGUGUGGGGAAGGCGCCCAUCUUCUCCAAGUUUCGGUAUUUUCAUUCAGCCGACCUCGAAAGGUGACAUGUAGGGUAUACGUAUAUAAUUAGUCGGCUAUUCCAGGGGUUUGAACAAGAAGUACCUAUGAAUAAAACCCCCCAACGCUAGGCAGGAGUCAGGUCGCUACGUGAACAUGGGCGACAGGGAAGCCGAAAAGCUGGUCAGCGUGGACGAGAUAUCCCAGCACCGUUCCCUCGACGACCUCUGGCUCGUCGUCGACAACGUAGUCUACGACCUCAGCGCCUUCGCAGAAGAGCACCCGGGAGGCGUGUCAGUACUCCUCCAGCACGCAGGUCGCGACGCAACAACCGCCUACUCCGAGGUCCACUCGCCAUCCCUAAUCAAAACUUCGCUGCCGGCAUCGAGUCGCAUAGGCAUGCUAGACAAGGCCACGGUGACGGAAGAAUGGGCCAAACCGCCGCCGCAGGCCAAGGGCCCGCCGGCGCAGAAGACGCCGGAUGCUAAACCGCCGCUAGAAAGCAUCGUCAACGCGCGCGACUUCGAGGUCGCGGCCGAGGCGAGCUUCACCGCGAAGGCGUGGGCUUUCGCCUCGUCGGCGGCGACGGAUUGCCUGACCAAGGACCGGAACGGGUCGGUGUACGACGAGAUCAUGCUCCGCCCGCGCGUGCUGCGGGACGUGGCGGAUGUGGAUCUGAGUACGACGAUGUUAGGGCAUCGUAUCAAGGCGCCGGUAUUCUGCGCCCCGACGUCGAUGGGCCGGAUCUUCCACCCCGAGGGCGAGCGCGAGAUAGGGAGGGGGUGUCAGCGCGUGGGCGUUCCGCAGUGUGUGUCGACGAGUUGCUCUUUCCCGCUCCCCGAGGUUAUGGACGCUGUCGAGGAGGAAGGGCAGAUAAUGGCUAAGGAGGGUGAUGGCGAAGCAGGUGUGGUUCCGGUGUUUUUCCAGUUAUACGUCGAUAAGAACCGGUCAAAAUCGGAGGCGCUGCUGAAGAUGGUGCGAGAACGCGGUGUUAAAGCUAUAUUCUUGACGAUCGACGCACCGGUUAUCGGAAAGAGGGAGGCGGACGAACGCGUUAAAUCCGACGAGAGUAUAAGGGCGCCUAUGUCCGGAGCGCAGGCUAAGAAUGAUAAAAAGGGAGGAGCAUUGGGAAGGCUGAUGGGCAAUUAUAUCGACGCUUCGCUGACUUGGGAUGAUGUGGCUUGGCUGCGGAAACAUGCCCCCGGUUUGCCUAUCGUGUUGAAGGGCAUCCAGACGUCGAUGGAUGCAGUCAAGGCCAUGGAGGUUGGUGUUGAGGCGAUAUAUAUCACAAAUCACGGCGGUAGGAGCUUGGAUACGGUGCCUGCGACGAUAUUAGUGUUGUUGGAAUUACAGAAGUGCUGUCCGCAAGUUUUCGAAAGGAUGGAGGUGUUUAUCGAUGGUGGUAUCACCAGGGGGACCGAUAUUUUCAAGGCCUUAUGUUUGGGUGCUAAGGCGGUAGGUAUUGGUCGAGGAUUUUUAUAUUCCCUGAAUUAUGGAAAGGAAGGGAUCGAACAUUUCGUCGAUAGUGAGUACAUCCCCAUGAGUUAUGAUAUGCGAUGGCAAGAUGAGAAAAAAGUAGGAAUGCUGACUGAUAUACCACCAAAGUACUUACGGACGAGUUGAAAGUUACGAUGCAGAUGUGUGGUAUCACUAGCCUUGAUCAAGUUCAUCCUGGGUUGCUACAUACAGGUGCUGUUGACCAGCUG